UAUAUUAAUUGACGCCCCCAAGACGCCAAAGAGGAAGCCCACCUUCAGUUAUCGGUCUUCUCUUAUCUGACACAGAGACACAGAGAGAGAGAGAGAGACCCUGAUGAGCGAAGCUGACUGCAUACUAUUGCUGCGCAAAAGCGACAGCACUCGUCCUAUGCUCUCCCUUUGAUCUUUCUCUGUCUCCGUCAUGGCGAUCGCAGUGGCUUCUUCGUUCCCCCUCGGUCCUCAUUGUCAUUUAUGUCAUGCAGAAGGGGUUUGUUGCUCAACAUCAUAUGGAAUAACAAACAGCUGCUUGAUACCUUCUUUUGAUGGUCGAAGACUUCCUGAUCCUGCUGGCAUAAGAUGCAAGAAUCCAUUUUUUGGAUCAACACAAUUCCAUUGGCUGUCAGCAGGACAUGAUCUUUGCCUUUCAAAAAUUUCAGUUGCUGCAGACUACCCAGAUUCUGUGCCUGAUUCUUCUAGUUACAUGAGAAACCAAGCUUAUCAUCCUCUUGAAGAGGUGAAAGUUUCCAGAAGAAUCCGGGACACCAAACUUUCUUCUGCUGAAAUAGCAAGGACCACAGUCGAGGCUAACAGCUGUGCUUUGCUGGUAUUUCCUGGGACGGUACAUUGUGAACCACACGAACAAAUUUCAUGGGCCGAAUUUCAAUAUGUUAUUGAUGACUAUGGAGAUAUAUUUUUUGAAAUUUGUGAUGAUGCAAACAUCUUAGAAGACCGUGGAGCAAGUAACCCUGUGAAUGUGCUGAUCGGAAUGGAGAUCCCAAUAUAUGAGAACAGAAGGAAAGCUGGUGAAUACAUUAAUAGUGAUGAAACCCUUUUUGGAGAUGAUUAUUUUGAGGUUUUGGAUUCUGAGCUAUCUGAUAUUUCAGUGGGCUGGGAAAUGCCAGAUACUUCUACCUUGGUUCACCCUAUUUAUUUUGCUAAAUUCUUGACGAAGGCUGCUAAUAUGGAAUACAGUAAAAUGAUGGAUUAUCCAUCAAAUGGUGUUUCUAUUUUGGGCUGCCUCAGGCCUGCUUUUGCCGAUGAAGAAUCAUAUAUAAGGACGCUCUUUCAUUGUGUAGAUACAGAUGGAUAUAACUCAGAGUGGAAAGAUGGAGAAAUCUUGAGCGAAAGUGGUCAAGGCAACACUGGGUCAACUCUGUACAGGUUGGAGAUUAUGAGAAUAGAGCUAUUCUCUGUGUAUGGCGUCCAGUCUGAAAUUACAUUGCAAGAUUUUCAAGAUGCUGAGCCCGAUGUUCUUGCACAUUCUACCCCAGCAAUUGUAGAGCGGUUUGGUGAGAAGGGUAUUAGUUGCAAUGUUGCUCUCAAGGCUCUCUGCAAAAAGAAGGGCCUUGAUGUUGAGGGAGCUCAUUUGAUUGGGGUCGACAGUCUGGGCAUGGAUGUUAGAGUUUUCUCUGGGGUGGAAGUACAAACACAUCGUUUUCCUUUCAAAGUCCGGGCAAAAUCCGAAGUUGCAGCUGAAAAGCAGAUUCAGCAACUCAUGUUCCCAAGGUCUCGCCGCAAAAAAUUGAGAACUCAUGGGGUUGGAAUUCGGGAUGUGAAUUCAUUUUAACUCUUCGGUUGGUACUAUCAUGAGGAUCAGUUUCAAGAUAAUUUCAGGCUCAACUUAUUUAGAAGGGGCAUAUCUCUCUCCUUUCUACCCGUUGCAUGUGCCCUGAAGACUUAUAAGUUCUUUUUGUUCCUUGUACUAAUGCUUUUGUAUAUUAAUUUUUUGACAGUCCCAGAAUAAGCUGAAAGCUGAUGGCAGUGUCUCAAUAAAUUUUUUGAUUUUUUCAUAUUAA